AUAGGAAGGGCAAGAGUAAGAUGGGCAAUCGUGGGUACGCUUGCUUGUUUAACCUUAAUCUUAGUUGGCUUGUUUGGAGCAAGUUCGGAAGAUUCUCCAUUGUACAGAGCAGCAGGAUAUUACAGACCCAGUCUCUUUAAUGAUGAAGGUAUCUAUAUCGGCCCUCUUUCUUCCGCCGAUCCUUGGGUCAAAAGUAGCGGUCGAAAAGGGCUAAAGUACAACACACCCUUUAAUCCGGACGAUCUCACCUUGACAGAUGACGAAUGUGACGCUUUCUUUCCUCAACUCUACAAGGAGAUCGAUCGAAGUGUGGAGUAUUUCACGAACAAACAGAAGUAUACAAUCGAAUAUCUCGAAUACGCAUGUGAUGAUGGAAUAUGGACACAUGCACGUGUGGUGAUUUACAAUAAUCGUGUUUACCUGAAAUCUUUCCAAAAGAGUGAAGAGAUGAGAUCAAAAGCUGCUCUUUCUCUAUUGCAUCAAGCUGUGACCGCUUCUAGACAGAAAUUGCCCAAUGUAGAAUUCUGUAUCGGUUUGAUGGAUUGGGGAAGUAGAGGGAAAUUUGGAAUCGAUCGUGCUCCUGAUUUGGAAGAUGUUUGGCUGAUGCCCGACCCAGGCUUUUGGAGUUGGCCAGAACAUGUUGGGUCUUAUCAAGAUUUACGUGAAAGAACGGCAAAGAUUGAAGAGGAGAUUGGUUGGAACGGCAAAACUGAUAAGUUGAUUUGGAGAGGAACGUUGGAAAAGGGAAAGCAAGAUCGGGAAGCAUUGGUAGGAUCAGCGCAAGGAUAUCCUUGGAGUGAUGUUGCAGCAAUUGAUUGGACUUCACCUGAUCGAAGACCGAUUCCAAUGGAAGAUCACUGCAAAUGGAAGUAUAUUGCUUUCCCCGAAGGAAAUACUAAUAAUGGCCGUUUACGCUAUCUUCAAACCUGUCACAGCGUUUUGGUGACCCAUAAGCCACGUUGGGUACAGCAUUGGACGCAUCUAUACAAUGCCGAAUGGAACAGUCGCGAUCAGAAUGUCGUCUUCGUUCCACCUCCAUCCCUAUCCGACAAGGAUUCAACAAAAGGGGUUCCUGUGCAUGGUGCUGAUGGACGUGAAAUAGGACGUGAUCGAACAUGGGAACGAUUGCCAGAAACGAUGAAGACACUUUUACGUAAUGAUAGAACAGCAAGAAAGAUUGCUGAUAAUCAAUGGAAAUUCUUCCGCGAACGAUACAGUACCCCCGCAGCGGCGAUGUGUUAUUGGCGUAAAGCGAUUCGUGGAUUUGCCAAAGUGCAACAAUACGAAGUUGACUUGAGCGGAUCGGAAACGAGUAUGGAAACGUUCAUGCUCAAAGGU